ACACAUCUCAACAGAAGUCUCAUCUCAUCACAUUAUGGCUUACAAAGCUUCCUAUUUCCUAGCACUUUUUCUGAUCUCAAACAUCCUUGUUGCCACUACAUUUCAAGCAGCUGCAGGACGCAAAAUUAUUCCGAAGAACUCAAACACCCAGGAUAAGAAAGAGCCUGAGUGGUUUUUCAAUUUUGAUGGUGGUGUGUUUGUUCCUGGCAUUGGGCAAGUAGGAUUUCCUCCUGUGUUUGAUCUUACACCUCAAAAUCCAUACCCUGGUGGCAGUGAAGGACCAGGAGCAGGAGCAGGAUCAGGAGUACCAGGUGGUCACACUUAUGUUCCAGGUGGUGACGACACUUUUGUCCCGAAUCCUGGUUAUGAGGUUCCAAAUCCUGGCAGUGUUGGUGGUGGAGUUCUUGCUGCAGUUCACCCAUGAAUGCAUGGCUGCUAAUUAGGCUUAGUUUCCCAGCCUGUUAUGCUUUUGAAAUUGCAUUACCUAUCUUUUUUUCCUUUUGUACCCAUAAAAUAAGUGUUCACUGUACACUAUCUGCUAUUUGGUGUCGAAAGCCCUUCUGGUCUUUCCUUGUUUAAGUUGAAUUAAGUAUGCUGUAAGCUCAAUUAGUAGCAUUCCCCAUUGUCCUCAAAGUAGUUGUUGGUGGUAUUUGUUGGUCCUUAAUCAUAUAUCACAUAAUUCUUCAAUUUCAA